CAUAUCUAAAUUCUAAUUUCUCAAAAAGAAAAAGAAAGACAUAUAAUAUUCUUGAUAUCCAUUAAAUUUCAAGUUAAAAUCCCCGAAGUUCUUUCUUGAUUUAUUCUCUCUCUCCUUAUGAUAAAGGAAAGAAUAGCGUAGAUCUUUGUUCUAGAAAGCAAUUGAUUCGAGUUGAGUUGAGCUAUGACGGUGAGUAGUAGUGUAUGGGACUCGGUUCUUGAACACACCAUGUCAGCUCAGGUCAAGAACAGUGAGCCGCACCUAUGGGCGAUUCAACUCAGCUCCAGUCUCAACUCUGCAGGCGUUGAUUUGCCCUCAUUGGAGCUGGCUCGCCUGUUAGUCUCUCACAUCUGCUUCGAUAAUCACGUGCCUAUCACGUGGAAGCUCCUCGAGAAGGCCCUCUCCCUCAACCUCGCCCCUCCCUUGCUCGUCCUCGCACUUCUUUCUACCAGGGUUGUUCCGAAUCGAAAGCUCCACCCAGCAGCUUAUAGGCUUUAUAUGGAACUUGUUAAGAGACAUGCCUUUUCUUUUUCAGCACUAAUCAAUGCCCAAAACUACCAAAUGACCAUGAAAUCAAUAGAUGAUGUUGUUCAUCUUUCCCAAAUAUUUGGCGUGCAAUUGUGUGAACCUGGGAUUCUUCUGGUUGAAUUUGUCUUUUCAAUUGUGUGGCAGCUACUUGAUGCUUCCUUGGAUGAUGAAGGGUUGCUGGAACAAAGCUUGGAAAAGAAUUCUAGAUGGCUGUCCAGACUGCAGGAUAUGGAAAUAGAUGGCAAUGAGAACUUCAGUGAGAAGAGAAAUGAGCACCAUGAGGGGUUGCACAAAGUGAACACUACAAUGGCUAUCGAGCUAAUUGAAGAGUUUUUAAAAAACAAAGUAACCUCAAGUAUACUUUACUUGGCACGUCAAAACAUGCCCUCACAUUGGGGAGGCUUCAUUGAGCGAUUGCAACUGCUUGUAGUGCAUUCCACAGCUUUGAGAAACUCAAAACACACAACUCCAGAUGCCUUUCUGCAGUUGACAUCUGACACCCACAGGGUUUUGUCUCGAGAGGGCAAAACAAUAUCACACCAUGAGUUUCACGCAGUCAUGUUUUCUGGGUCACUCAAAUCUUCUGUUGGUCAAUGCCAUGGGGCAAGUCACUCUGCGGUUUGGCUACCUAUUGACCUAUUUUUAGAAGACACUAUGGAUGGGUCACUAGUGACAACAACUAGUGCAGUAGAAAAUCUUAUCAGUUUGGUCAAAGCUCUGCAAGCAGUCAAUCGUACCACUUGGCAUGAUACUUUUCUAGGCCUGUGGAUUGCAGCGUUACGGCUUGUUCAAAGGGAAAGGAAUACUAGUGAGGGUCUAAUGCCUCGCGUUGAUACAAGCUUGUCCAUGUUAUUGUCUAUUACAACCCUUGUAGUGACUAAUCUUAUCGAGGAAGAGGAAAGUGAAUUGAUUGAUGAAACGCAGCAGAACCCUGCCAAUCAAAGAAAAGAAAAACAGGGGAAGCUUCAGAAGGGUCUAAUUACUUCCCUACAGCUAUUGGGUGAUUAUGAGGGUUUGUUGACUCCGCCUCAGUCAGUUAGCUCAAUAGCUAAUCAAGCUGCCGCAAAAGCUACAAUGUUUAUCUCGGGCCUCACUGUCAGAAAUGGUUAUAGCAUGAGUAUCAAUGACAUGCCAGUCAACUGUUCUGGAAACUUGAGGCAUCUGAUUGUUGAGGCUUUUAUUGCAAGAAAUAUGUUGGACACGUCAGCAUAUUUAUGGCCAGGCUAUGUGAAUGCUCGUGCCAACCAAGUACCUAGGGGUGUUCCCAGUCAAACAACUGGCUGGUCAUCAUUGAUGAACGGGUCACCUUUAACCCCUUCAAUGAUAAACAUUUUGGUUUCAACUCCAGCUUCCAGCUUACCAGAGGUCGAGAAAAUAUAUGAGAUUGCAGUCAAUGGUUCUGGUGAUGAGAAGAUAUCUGCUGCUGCUAUUCUUUGUGGAGCCUCUUUUGUUCGUGGUUGGAAUAUACAGGAACAUACAAUUCUUUUCAUUAUAAAUUUGAUGUCGCCUCCAGUUCCUGCUGAUCACUCUGGGACUGAGAGUCACUUGAUAAAUUACGCUCCACUUUUAAAUGUUCUUCUCGUUGGAAUAUCAUCUGUGGAUUGCGUGCAGAUUUUGUCCUUACAUGGUUUGGUUCCGCUACUUGCUGGUGCAUUGAUGCCCAUCUGUGAGGCCUUUGGCUCCGCUGUUCCCGAGGUCUCAUGGACUCUUCCACCAACAGGGGAAGAACUUUCUUGUCAUGCAGUGUUUUCUAAUGCAUUUACACUUCUGCUGAGAUUGUGGAGAUUUGAUCAUUCACCUCUCGAUCAUGUGUUGGGAGACAUACCACCAGUGGGAUCCCAUCUAAGCCCUGAAUACCUCUUACUUGUACGGAAUUCCCUAUUAGCGUCCUUUGGACCUUCAACUAGGAGUCAACUCAAACUUAGGAGAUACUCAAAAAUCUUGAGUCUGUCUGUAGAACCAGUAUUCAUGGAUUCUUUCCCGAAUUUGAAACUCUGGUACAGAAAACAUCUGGAAUGUAUUGCUUCUACCUUUUCUGGCCUUGUACAUGGGACUCCUGUUCACCAGAUUGUUGAUGCACUCCUCAAUUUGAUGUUCAGAAGGAUAAAUAGAGGCGUUCAGCCUUCGACUUCUGGAAGCAGUCUUUCUUCUGGCCCUGGUGCUGAAGAUGCUCAAGCUAGACUUAAAAUACCUGCAUGGGAUAUCUUAGAAGCAACUCCAUUUGCACUUGAUGCUGCUCUGACAGCCUGUGCCCAUGGAAGACUCUCUCCCCGUGAACUGGCUACAGGGCUUAAAGAUCUUGCUGAUUUUCUGCCAGCGUCUUUGGCCACUAUUGUAAGCUAUUUUUCAGCUGAAGUUACACGGGGCAUAUGGAAGCCAGCUUCUAUGAAUGGAACUGAUUGGCCAAGCCCAGCUGCAAAUUUAUCCUCUGUUGAGCAACAGAUAAAGAAAAUACUGGCUGCAACUGGUGUUGAUGUCCCAAGCCUUUCUGUAGGGGGUACUCUGGCUACACUUCCUUUGCCAUUAGCUGCCCUAGUAAGCCUCACAAUUACUUAUAAAUUGGACAAAAUGUCUGAAAGGUUCCUCACCCUGAUUGGCCCAGCCGUGAAUGCCCUUGCUGCUGGUUGCUGGCCAUGCAUGCCCAUUAUAGCCGCUUUAUGGGCACAGAAGGUUAAGCGUUGGAGUGACCACCUUGUGUUCUCUGCUUCUCGUACUGUAUUCCACCAUAAUAGUGAUGCUGUAGUUCAGCUUCUGAAGAGUUGCUUCUCAUCCACUCUUGGUUUAAGCCCCUCACACAUUUCCAGCAAUGGUGGUGUGGGUGCCCUUUUAGGUCACGGGUUUGGCCCCCACUUUUCUGGUGGGAUCUCUCCUGUUGCCCCUGGAAUUCUCUACUUGCGAGUGCACCGAUCUGUAAGAGAUGUCAUGUUUAUGGCAGAAGAAAUUCUCUCGCUUCUAAUGCAUUCUGUUAGAGAUAUUGCAAGCAGUGCGUUGCCUAAAGGGGCAAUGGAGAAAUUGAAGAAAAGCAAACAUGGGAUGCGAUACGGGGAAGUUUCUCUUGCUGCAGCAAUGACGCGUGUCAAGCUUGCAGCUUCACUUGGAGCUUCUUUAGUUUGGGUUUCUGGUGGAUUAAGUUUGGUUCAAUCUUUGAUUAAUGAAACCUUACCCUCUUGGUUUAUAUCAGUCCAUGGGUCGGAGCAGGAAGGUGGAGAAUCUGGAGGUAUGGUUGCAAUGCUAAGGGGUUUUGCACUUGCAUACUUUGCAAUGUUUUGUGGGACAUUUGCAUGGGGUGUGGACUCAGAAUCAGCAGCAUCAAAAAAACGGCCAAAGGUGCUCAGGACCCACUUAGAAUAUCUGGCAAGUGCUCUAGAGGGGAAAAUAUCGCUUGGUUGUGAUUGGGCUACUGCAUGGGCGUAUGCAUCCGGGUUUGUGUGCUUGAUGGUGGCUUGCACACCAAAAUGGGUGCUUGAGGUUGAUGUGGAUGUAUUGAAGAGGGUGAGCAAGGGGCUGAGACAAUGGAAUGAGGAAGAACUGGCUGUGGCCUUGCUGGGACUAGGUGGAGUUGGUACAAUGGGCGCAGCAGCUGAACUGAUUAUUGAAACCGGAUUGUAAAUUUUGCCGAAAGCAUAAAAGCUUGAAUGCUAGUUAGAACUUAUUUUUGGGAUCCUUCUCUGGUAGAGCCAGGUGGGUGCUACUGGGUUCGGUUCGUCAGUUCGGUCCUAGAGAAGAAUAUUUAAAGCUACUAACAUCUUUGGUUUUGUUUCUCAGUAUAAAAAGCUCUUUUUCAAACAAGUUCCGUAGGAUAUUAGGAUUGAUGCUGUUGUACAUUCGUCAUAAGGGAUAUUACCCUUUUUAUAUAUAUAUAUAUAUAUAUAUAAAAUAAAUAAAUUCUAAACUUUGUUUUACUCUCGAU